AUGGACAAUUUUUCACAGCCAUUGAUUUAUAAUUCAGUUGACUGCACUUCUGUUUUGUCUCUGGCGUCCAAACAUAAUGAUGCAAGUCAGUAUUUCUGUGACCCGGUACAUGAUGGAUUGCUGUGCUGGCCUGCAACGCCACCAGGAAGAAAAAUAGCACAACCGUGUCCGCCAUUACAAGGAUUUAAUGACAACAUGUUUGUAUUCCGGAAAUGCAGUAUAAGUGGCAUAUGGGAAGAUUUUAACAACAGUUUAGUGGUUGAAAAAACAAAUUACGAGUCAUGCAUCCUGACUGACAAGCCGACAUUACAAGAAUAUGGUAAAGAUUAUAUAAACGAUUUGCAAAAUGUGAUCCGGAAAUCCAGUAUACUUGGAAUAAGUUUCAUUCUUCUUUCUUUAAUAGCUUUGUGCAUAUCGUUUUGGCUGUAUAAAUGUAAGCUCCCAAAAUAUAUCAAUAAUAUACUAAGGGUAAAAAUUCACAAACAUUUAUUCGCAGCCGUAAUGUUAGAAUUAAUUAUCAAACUUAUUUUUCAAAUAUCUAUAUUUUUGACAAUCAGUCGUUCCUUUUUAGCCACAGUGCAGAAGCCUGUUGUUUGCGAGUUUUUGACAGCGUUUCACCAGUAUGCGGACAUAUCAAUUCUUAUGUGGAUUGUUAUAGAUUCCCACUUUAUUUACAUGACGGCAAAAUCAGGAUUUUUGUGCAUUUCCGGUUACAAAGCUUACGUCAUCGCUGGUUGGGGUUUGCCUGUUUUACCAACCUUAUUAUGGACAAUUACGUUAAUAUUGAAUCACAAGGUCACGUGCUGGAACGGUCACAUGCAUCUGGCCUCGAUUUGGAUUGUACACGUUCCAAAGAUCCUUUGUUUUGUGUCUAUAAUAAUAUUAAUCAGUUUGUCGUCAUGGCGGCACUAUCAAAGAGUUUCUCAACGUUUAUUGCAAGAAUCGAAAAUCAUAAAUAAUUUAACAACAACAGGAAUAUUACUUUCCUUGAUGCUACUGAGUUUCUUGGUUGUGAUCAUACCUACAUAUCUUAGGCUAAAUACUUUGGAAUCAAAAACCAUAGUGCAAUACCUUGCGACGACUUUCACAUCAUCAAAGGGUAUAUUUGUUGCUAUUUUGUGUAAUUAUUCGAACAUAAAAGACUUUGUAAAAUCAGAGUCAGCCAAUAAUGAUAUCGAAAUUUAACUAAGCUUGUUUGAAAUAUCUGUGUAAAUACCAGUAGCAGUAUUUCAAGCUAUUUCAAGGAGCAAGAUACGUGCUCUCAGAAUAUAGCGUACUUCUGACAACAAAACAUAGAAAUCAAAUGCCUCUUGCGUAACACUGUUAAUAUCCUGGUACCAACAAUGAGUUUAUAUAAACAAACAACAUCAUAAAAACCAAAAGAAGUCUAUAUAUACAUGUCUUUGAAGAACAAUCACUCUGUCGCAAGAGAAGAAUACCCGUCUUCAUAUACAAACCAACUGUAUAAUUGUUAAUGAUUUAUAAGUAGCAAGUGGUUGUUUUCAUGUCGACGAUUGAGACCUCAUAAAUAUUAUACAGAAAUGU